AUGUCUAACAAUGGCACGUACGUCGCGCCGCAGGUGAAGACGCAGGUGAAGACGGGCACUUCAAAUUCUUCUAAAACGAUCUUCCACUUUUCAGCCGGUCUUUGCUCUGGCCUCACAUCCUCCAUUCUCCUCCAACCUGCCGAUCUUCUCAAAACCCGAGUACAACAAUCCCAACAAUCCCUCCUCCCAACCCUAAAGGGCAUUCUCUCCUCUCCAAAUCCAGUUCGGGGACUAUGGCGCGGUACACUCCCCUCAGCACUCCGCACCGGUGUCGGUUCAGCCCUCUACUUCACCAGCCUAAACUCCCUCCGUCAAGCCAUCGCCCAAGCCAACACUCCCCUUCUCGCAAGCAAAACCGUCACUCAAUCCUCAUCUGCCCUACCCAAACUCUCCAAUACCGCCAAUCUCGCCACAGGAGCCGUUGCCCGCGUCGCAGCAGGUUUCGUCAUGAUGCCCGUCACAGUCAUCAAAGUUCGCUACGAGUCCGACUUAUACGCCUACCGCAGCAUUCUAGGCGCUAGCCGUGAUAUUCUACGAACAGAAGGCUUCCGUGGUUUAUUCGCUGGCUUCGGUGCCACGGCAGCGCGGGACGCCCCGUACGCAGGUCUCUACGUGCUUAUAUAUGAGCAGCUGAAACGGCAGCUUGGCUCCAUGGCUGCCCGGGGGCCCAAUAACAACAGCGACGGUACACCGCAGGCUGCAUCGUCUUCGGGGAUUCAUUUCGCAUCUGGAGCAUUGGCUGCUGGUAUGGCCACCGCUAUUACCAACCCUUUUGAUGCUGUGAAAACCCGACUGCAGCUCAUGCCGGCCAAGUAUGGUAAUAUGCUGCGUGCUGUGCGACUUAUGGUGAAGGACGAAGGCAUGCGCAGUCUUUUUGGUGGGUUGGGUCUUCGUAUGACGCGGAAGGCGCUCAGCUCGGCGCUGGCGUGGACAGUGUACGAGGAGCUCAUUCUCCGUGCGGAGAAGCGAUGGGAAACAAAUCACCAGGUUGCCUUGAGCACCUGA